AUGGCUGGAGGAGAGAAUUACCGGCGGUGGCGACAACAUUGCUUCAUGAAGAACGAAAGAUGGAAGAAAAGAGAGUCGUCGCCUCUUCGACAUUGACUACAAGCGUCCACUAAACCACCUCAUCCUUCCAUUUUGAUGAAAAUCAACGAAAAAAGGAGCUAAAAAUGAAGAAGCUGUGAAGUAGAUUCAAAAGAAAGUAGAAGAAUCGAGCCUCACGCGAAUGCUUUGACAGGCAAACACAAGUUAAUAAGAGAUGCGAACAAUUCUCAUCGAUUGGUUCAGCGAUGCCGUGAGAGAGUACAUUUCCCGAAAGGAAGCAGUUCAUCUCGCGGCGAGCCUCGUGGAUCGUGCUCUUCCAAUGUUCAACAUUGAUAAAAUGCGAUUUCAACUGGUUGGAAUCACGUCGAUGAGGAUCGCAGUAAAAUACGAGGAAAUCUUUCCACCUAUCCUAUCGAAUACCCGACAUUCUUUUGAUGGAGCGAUUCUUUAUUGGAAAGUUCGACUUCAUCGUCGCAAUGCCCACACCAUCUUGGAUCGGAUCAUGCUUUGCACAGAGAAUGAACUCGGCGUUUGCCGCCAGCUUCUUACCCAAGGCUUCGCAACUUCUUACCCGAGCCUUGCCUAAAAAAUAAAAACAUUUAUAAGGAGUAGGCAAAACUUGGGUAAACCUUGGACAAGAGUUGGGUAAAAACUGGGCAAGACUUGGCAAAUUUUGGGUGGAAAGGCUCUCGGUUCUUUUUUUCAAAAAAAAAAAC